AUGCCUACGAACAAACGAGUCUGGGCACGAUUUGUCUCGUUUGUCAGCGAUGAUGGCAAGAUAUAUGCUGGUGAGCCUGUUGAUGCGGAGAUUGAUGUUGGACUCGCUGUAAAGGAGGGUAAAGUAGUCAAGGCCCGAGUGCUCAGUUCAAGCUCGGCUCUUGACGAGGGAGCAAAGUUCACGGGACAGGAGCGCCCAGUGAAACAGAUACUGGCAGUCACAGCAGAGCAAGUUGGAAGCAUCCGAUGCAUCGGCGUGAACUACAACGACCAUGGCGCUGAGCUCGGCUAUGCUGUUCCACCGGUGCCAAUUGUGUUCAUCAAGCCAAACUCGGCGUUGAAUGACCCCAGUGCACCCAUCAUCAUCCCGAAUUUCGUGGCAGAUGCGGAUUUCGAGGUCGAACUAUGCGUGGUGAUCGGCAAAGAAGCCAGGAACGUGACCGACGACGAGGCCCUGGACUAUAUCCUUGGAUAUUCCACUUCCAACGACGUAGCUGCGCGGAGGGCACAAACAAUCACCACCCAGUUCUGCCAUGGAAAGGGGUUCGACACCUUUGCUCCCGUCGGACCAACGUUGGUGCAUGCAAAGGCGAUUCCCAACCCACAGAUCCUGGAAAUGAGGACCACUUUGAACGGGGAAGAAAUGCAGCACACGACCCUCGAUACCAUGAUCUUCCCCGUAGCGAGGAUCGUCUCGCAUUUAUCUCAGGCCACGACCAUACCCGCAGGGACGAUCAUCAUGACGGGCACUCCUGGAGGAAUCGGACACUCGCGAACCCCGCCCCAGUAUCUGAAGGAAGGAGACGACUUGAGACUGUGGAUUAGCGGUGGUCUCGGAACGCUCACCAAUCCUAUUGUGAAGGACAAGUCUUCGAGUCGCUUUGACAACGGACUGGCUGAGAGGAAUGGCAAGGCUUUGUGA